UUAGAUCACGAGAGCUUGUGCAAGAGACACUUUUUAAUCUAUGCCAGUUGCUUGAGGCGCAACGACAACGAUAACGGCAAGUGUCGGCUGGAGGCUAAAGAUUACUUGGGCUGUCGCAUGGAUAACAAUCUUAUGGAAAAGACAGAAUGGGAGAAACUGGGAUUUUCGGACAAGACGCCGCUCAAGGAGCAGCAGACACAGCAACAACAACAGUAAAACCAGAACGCAAUUUACUCAUUGCAGCCACAGGAAGCGUAGCAACCAUUAAACUAGUCCAAUUGAUAUCCGAACUUAGCAAUGAACAGCUACCCUACAAAUUUAAUAUAAAAAUCAUCAUUACGGAGAAUGCCAAGCACUUCUUUGAACUGGAGCUGGUGCCGGAGAGCGUGCCCGUCCUGCACAAUCGCGACGAGUGGCUGACUUGGAACCAGCGCGGUGAUCCCGUGCUCCACAUUGAGCUCGGCAAGUGGGCACACAUGCUAUUAAUAGCUCCGCUCAGUGCCAACUCUCUGGCCAAAAUAGCUACAGGUAUUUGCGAUAAUAUACUCAUGUGCGUGGUGCGCGCUUGGGAUCUGCAGAAGCCUCUAAUGUUUGCUCCGGCUAUGAAUACUCGCAUGUACGAUCAUCCCAUAACUCGAGAACAAAUUGAUAAACUAGUUAGUUGGGGCUACAAGGAGAUACCCUGUAUUUCAAAGACACUCAUGUGUGGCGACACUGGGAAUGGUGCCAUGGCCGAGGUUCCCACUAUUGUAGAGUCUGUUGUUUCAACUUUCCAGUUGCCAUUGUAAAUAUUUUUUAAUAUUUGUUAAAUAAAAUUAUUUGAGUUUCUGCGAA